UUCUUGUAUGUGGUAGCUACAGAUCGCAGUAGCAGUGUAGUAGCUCCAAUAUCGAGCCAAGGGUUCAUGUCUUUGGAAAGAACAGCGGCAUCCCAGGACUUCUUCACGCUUGCCCAGAACCCUGCUGAAAGCGAGCCACGGCACGCUACGGCCACGACCUUCCAGCUGACCACGGAUAAUAUAUAAUAACGGGCACAUCGCAGCACUUUCUUGCUUUCCCCCGUCUUCUUAACCUCUAAAUGCAGCCCUCCUCCCUUUGCCAGCCUCGAGAGCAGCCCUGGUCAGGCUGCCACUGUUGAUGCUCUUGUUGUCAUUUAUUAUACCAGCAGGGCAAAACCUCAAAAUAAGGAGAGCAAAAGAAAGGGACGUUGGAAGAGAGACCCGACCCACAUAGUAAGGAGAUCCGGAUAAAGCAGGAGGAAGACUCCAGCUUUUUGUGGAUUUGUCCUUAAACAGCGAUGGAUUGGCUUAUGGGGAAGUCAAAAACGAAGCCCAAUGGUAAGAAGCCGCCCACAGAGGAAAAGAAGCUCUACCUAGAGAGCGAAUACACCAAAGUCAGGGUCACCGAUAUAGACCUGAAGGAGUUGGUCAUGUUACCCCGAGAAAUCGAUCUCAACGAAUGGCUAGCAAGCAAUACAACAACCUUCUUCAAUCUCAUAAACCUACAGUAUAGCACAAUCUCAGAGUUUUGUACCGGGGAGACCUGUCAGGUCAUGUCAGCAUGCAAUACACAAUACUACUGGAACGAUGAGAGGGGAAAGAAAACCAAGUGCACCGCCCCACAGUACGUCGACUUCGUCAUGAGUUUGGUGCAGAAGCUGGUAACAGAUGACGACAUCUUUCCAACAAAAUACGGGAAAGAGUUCCCCAACUCGUUCGAGUCGCUAGUGAAGAAGAUCUGUAGGUACCUGUUCCAUGUUUUGGCACACAUCUACUGGGCACACUUUAAGGAGACGGUGGCGCUGGACCUGCAGGGACACUUAAACACACUCUACGCACAUUUCAUCGUAUUUAUAAGGGAAUUCAACUUGGUGGACCCCAAGGAGACCUCCAUCAUGGACGACCUGAGCGAGGUCCUCUGUAGCAGCUUGGCUGACGCACAGAACCACGUUAAGGAGAGAUGAACCGUCCCCACUGCCUUCCUGGUGCUAUGACGAGGAAUACAAAACAAGACAAACGAAAAGAACAAUAUGGGACAGUAGUAGCUCUUAAGAAAAAUCAAUUACAAAAAUCUAGAGUAAGAAAGGACAUUGACCCGUGCAGGGAAAUGCAAGUGUGCUUUCCCAAGGCAAGCCUGCUGCCCGUCGUUUCAUUAAGAACCACGCUUUUUUUUUUAUUUUAUUUUUUUUACCUUGGGACAUUCAUUCACUCUCCUUUUCUCACCCCUUUUCUGUGCCUCAGACUAGGAUGGUGGUGCUGCCACUUUUAAUGUAUUAUUGUGUAAUGUUAUACAAAAAAAAAAAAAACUUUUAAUUUGUAGUGGCUUCUGCUUAAUACCACAGACAGAGAGGGGUUGAGUUAACAGCCCCAGGGAUGUUGCUGUUGAUUCAUCUCCUCUUGUCUGCGGUAUUCAAGAAUGCAUCUGUCUGAGUGGUCUCCCAGUCAGGACCUGGGAGAGGUGAAAGUUUCAGUUCAGCCUGUUGAGAUGAAGUUAUCAUUUAGUCAGCUUUAUGUUUUUGUAAUUCAGUAAAUCAGCUGGUAACCCCUUUUAAUGCAGAUGGUUGAGCCCCAGCUUCAAUGAGCAGUAAGGGACAUGGUGUGUUGAGGCAGGGUUAAAUAAAUAGAAGAGCCAUUUCAAAAGCUAAAGCUCCUUUUUAAGACUGCACGGUUGGCAGAGAAAGGGCGCUGUUUUUUUUUUUCUUUUGUUACUUCACCAUAGCUCCUGUUUAGAAAAGAUGCAUGCAUAGGACAAAGACAAAGCAUUGUCUGCAAAUGUGUACGUUCCAGUGUUGAGAUAACUGAAAUUGAGGGGCAUUCUUAGCUUUAUGUUUAGAGACUGUGGCUAAGUUAAAGACCUCUGCACCUGCAGAUUGGGAUGUGUGGUCUCUGGAGGAAUACGUUUAAUUGACCACCCCUGAAACAAUAAGAGGGAGAAAAGAGUAAAAUAUGAAUCAUAGUUGCUGUUCCGGUUUAUUUAAUGCAGAAUUUUGUUUGGCAAAAGAGACCCCUCCCUAGGACUUUUAAAUGGCUUUUUUAUAUAACAAUAAACGUAAUAGUAAAUUAUUUUUAAAAUAAGUGGAUUAUUUAAAGAGCAGGGUGAAUGAGAUUGGUCAAGACCCUGGCUGCAUCACAAAAUGACAGGUGCUGUGGUGGCAUUUCACCGUUUCUGUUCUUACCUGCCGAGCCCUGACAUGAGAAUUCUGAAAAGGUGCAGUUGAAUAUUUUUGUAUUAUUAUUAUUAUUGUUAUUUUGACAUUUGCAGGGUUUUCAGUUCUAGCUUUUAUGUUUUAUGUAUUUAAAUAAUUAUAAGUUAAAAGCAAUUUAAUAUUUUACGCUCUGUGAAUUAUAAUCUAAUAUCUAAUAAAAGAUAAAUGCAA